UCUUCUCGACGUUCUGGAAAAUAGAUAUCUUUUGCAAAACCAAUGCUCAUACGUAAUUUUUGAUGAGGCGGACCGAAUGCUUGAUAUAGGUUUUGAACCCGAAAUGCAAAAGGUCUUGGGAUAUUUGCCUGUAUCUAAUCAAAAGCCUGACACCGAUGACAUAGAGCAUGAAGAAGCUCUGAUGAAUAACUUUGCGACAAGGGAGAAAUAUCGCCAGACUGUCAUGUUCACUGCCACGAUGUCACCUGCUAUCGAGCGAUUGGCUCGUGCUUAUUUACGGCGUCCUGCAGUGGUUCACAUCGGAUCCGCUGGACGACCAACUGAAAGAGUGGAACAGAUCGUUUACAUGAUAACAGAGGACAAAAAGAAGAAGAAGCUGGGUGCUGACCUGCUCGCAAAGGGCUUGAGCAAAUUGAAUUUCAACCCUGUCGUACUUCAUGGUGGCAAAGGUCAAGAAACGAGAGAGUACGCUCUGCAAGCCCUCAAAGACAAGACAAAGGACAUUCUUGUUGCAACAGAUGUUGCUGGCAGAGGUAUCGACAUCAAAGAUGUUUCGCUCGUGCUGAACUACGAUAUGGCUAAAUCAAUAGAAGACUAUACUCAUCGAAUUGGCCGAACAGAGGACAAAAAGGAGAAGAAGCUGGUUGAAGUGUUGGAACAACACUUCGAUCCUCCAAUCAAUAUUUUUGUCAAUCAAAAGAAGGUAGAAUAA